AUGGACGGCGACGAGCUGAUUGCCUCGGUCUACCGCAAGAUCGAGCGGGAGAAGGCCCUCAUCGCCGCCGCUAGUAACAUGCGGCAAUCCACCGACAACCCCCUCGUGCAACAACGGGUCGACGCCAACAUCCGCGAUGGCCGCAAGAACAUCGCCUACCUUGAGGAGAAGAUGCAAGAGCUGCAGAUUCGUCAAAUGGAGCGGGAAGGUGGUGGUUCACCCAACAACUCGCGUCACCAGCAAGCCGGAGGACCCGCGCCUCCCCCCAAAGACUACCACGGAUACUUGGGUGGUGAGGGCGAUGCGCACUAUCCUCAGGGCGGCGCGGGGUCGAUGCCUUCGGGCGCCCCGUUCACUGACCCCCGCCCGUAUGCCCCGAUCCCCAAGGCGCGGCCAAACUACACAAAGCUCGAUCUCAUCAAAUAUGACACCCCGUAUCUCGGCCCGAAGAUCCAGCUCAUGCUGUCCCAACUUGAGUUCAAGCUCAGCGUGGAGAAACAAUACAAGGCCGGUAUCGAGAAGAUGGUCCGCUUGUACCAGGACGAGGGCGACCGGAAGAGCCGUGCCGAUGCCGAAGGCCGUCGCAUUGAGAGUAACCAGAAGAUCCAGCUGCUGAAGCAGGCUCUGAAGCGAUAUGAGGAUCUCCAUGUGGAUAUUGAGUCUUCUGAUGCUGCAGACGACGAGUCGCUCAGCAGCCCCAACAUGCGCAAACCGUUGACCGGUCUUCUGACGAUGCGAAUUCAUGCCGUUAAAGAUGUCGAUCAUGCCACCAGCUCCCGGUUCUCGCGCGGCCCCGAGACAUUUGUCAUCGUCAAGGUGGAAGACGCGAUCAAAGCCAGGACAAAGGCGACUCGAAAUGAUAAGUGGCUGGACGAGUCGUUCUCGAUUGACAUCGACAAGGCGAACGAGAUUGAGCUUACCGUUUACGACAAGUCCGGAGACCGCCCGACCCCUAUUGGUAUGCUAUGGGUGCGCAUCUCCGAUAUUGCCGAGGAGAUGCGUCGCAAGAAGAUCGAGACGGAGUUAAACGCUUCUGGAUGGGUUUCGGCGGACAAGAUGGACGGCUCGGGCACUCCCCGAUCGGAUCACCAUCCGGGUUCUCCUAUGGGCUCCUCCCACGGUGGGGGUGCCAGCGUCAGUGGAAUGGCUCCUCAUGGCGGACAGUCACAUGGAGAAAAUCCGAAUGUGCCCCCAACAGUGAUGAUCGAUUCAUGGUUUGCUUUGGAGCCAUUCGGCCGCAUUCAACUUCAGAUGAGUUUCGCCAAGCAACUGAAGGACCGCCGUCCCUUCGACAUCGGUCUCAACCGACAGGGUGCCGUGCGCCAGAAGAAGGAAGAGGUCCACGAGAAGCAGGGCCACAAGUUUGUCACCCAGCAGUUCUACAAUAUUAUGCGCUGUGCGCUGUGUGGAGAGUUUCUCAAGUACGCUGCGGGUAUGCAGUGUGCGGAUUGCAAAUAUACCUGCCACCGCAAAUGCUACCCGAAGGUUGUCACCAAGUGUAUUAGCAAGGCCAACUACGAAACCGACCCCGACGAGGAGAAGAUCAACCACCGGAUUCCCCACCGUUUCGAGGGCUUCUCCAACCUUUCUGCCAAUUGGUGCUGCCACUGUGGUUACCUGCUUCCUUUUGGACGCAAGAACGCCAAGCGAUGUACCGAAUGUGCGCUUACCUGCCACGCUCAGUGCACGCAUCUUGUGCCUGAUUUCUGCGGCAUGUCGAUGGAGGCAGCCAACCAGAUCCUCGACACCCUGAUUCGCGCAAAGAAUCACAACAAAUCUACCUCUGUCAGUUCUGGUCUCAGCGGCCGUACCCUUCGACCGAGCGGUCCACCGCACCCCCCUCAUGACAAUGCCGCCCUUUCAUAUCCCCAAAAACCCACCGAUGGCCCUUAUGGGGCCCUUCCCAGACUGCCAUCAGCCGAAGCGGUCAGCGCUGCGACUAACUCCUACAUGACACCACAGUCACCAAUAGCUGCUACACAAGCUGCUCGUCAACCACUGCCACCGAAAUCGCCCUCCGUUGUGUCCCCUGCACAGGCCGCGGCGACUGCUGCGACUGGGCUACGUAGCCCUGUCCAGACACCGACAACAACAACCUCCUCCGCAUGCGCACUAUGA